ACACAUUUAAACAUAAAUAUUUUAGUAAUGAGUUGUUCUGUUUCUUCUGGGGGAAAUAAGUGAGUGAAUACCCGAUCAAAAAAUGAUCUGCCCCACACCAGACCACCACGGAAAAUGGCGACUGUGAAAUAGAUGGAAGACGAAAGUAAAAAAUAUAUAUAUUAAAUGCAGCGUUUAACUUCUCCGCUGGAUCCAUUUUCGUCGCUCGGAGGUCAUGGCAGCGGAAAUGUCAUGUCUGACAGGUGUUGAUGAAGAUGACAAAGAUGCUGAUUCGGAACUUAAUGCCCACACAAUCAUGCAGGAAUCUGUGAGAAUGGCACAAGAAUCAGCCUCCUGCACCUCUUCUUUUGGCAAGCCCUCUUUGAAACAGACCAGCGUUCUUGAUGUUUUGUCAAACACAGAUAUGUUGUCGCCAGUUGGCUUGGAGAAUGGCCCAGCUUUGCAUUUGGCUGUACAAGACCAUGAACUCAACAGCAUCUCCUCUGAAAAAGAGGAGGAAAAGAGCAUUACCCCACUAAAGACUGUGCAGGAACUAGAUAAUGUGGGAAUUUGGGGGUUUGAUGUUGAAUCACCUGAAAACUCAUUGGAUAAUUUCAGCAGAGCCAAUGACCUCAACUGGGACCCUCACAAAGAAUUUAUGCAGUUUUUAUGGGAUAACCAUAGUAAUUCCCCCAGCAAGGAGCCUAAAGAGGAAGUCAGUCCUGUCAACAUUCAAAGGAAAAGAAAACGGAAAAUGGACAUGGUUGUUAUGGUGGACCCCUCAGAAGACCUGUACCCUAAUCUGAGCCCAGAGUCAUCUGAAGAGUCAUGUGAUGAAGUAGGCCAAAUAGACUCUGGUCCUAAUAGAGUUACAAAACCAGAGAAAAACUUCAAUUCCACUACUCCACAGUCAUCACCUACAGAAAAAGUUUCCAAAUAUCCCAAUGGAACUGUAAAAUCUAUCAAAGAAAUUAUUUACAAAACACCUGAAAGUUCAGAUAAAAAUAGUAUCAAUCAUAAAAUUUCACCAUUGAGGAGAGGGCUUAUGAUAAAUUCGCAUUCAGAAAGGUCAUUGCGUUACCCUUGCUCAAAAUGUAAACUCUCGUUCAAGAAAGAGCAUCGCUUGCUUUAUCAUAUGAAAUCUCAUGAAGACCCUUCUGCAGUUUCGCAAAAGCCUUUUACAUGCCGAGAAUGUGACCAGUCUUUUCAACAGAGUGGUGCAUUAAUCGAUCACAUGUCAAUACAUCAGGAGGAGAGAUCAAAACUGAAGGAAGAAGUCAUAGAUAUAAAAGAUAAGAAAAUAGAAGGAAGAAAAAUCACAAUGUUUUUCUGCCCUCAGUGCUCAUUUGGAACAACGUGCCCAAACACAUUUGUUGAACACGCAAAAACACAUGAAAAGGACAAGGGAAAGCUUAAAUGUGACAAAUGCUGCUUUACAACUCUGAAUGAAAGUGAUUUUAGGAACCAUCACCUUCUGGAUCACACUGUUGUUACCAUUAAAAAACAGAAACUCAGGGAAGAAAUUAAGAUAUUCCCUUGUGAAAUUUGUUCUUAUAAAGCUUUUGGCAAACAUGUUUUUCAGAAACAUCUAAUUCGACGUCAUCAGUUGACUUUUGACGAAUAUACAGAAGCACAUAACAGUGGGAACUGCACACAACCAGCCAAUGAUGAGUUACCUACAUGUAAAAGUCCUGCUGAAGAUACAGAGUUCACAUCCAAAAUAUCAAUACAAAAUCAAAUCUGUCAAAAAGAUUUUUCUCCUGAUGAGUCCAGUAGCAUUUCUGACUUGUUCAAAAACAACAAAGUAAAGGAAGGUUCAAAGUUUAAAGUAACAGAAUCUAAACUUGACAAAUCCAUUAAUGUUCUUCUGUCUCGUCAAAGCAAUGGAAAUAAGGAUGCCAAACGGAAGAUGGAAAGCAAUAAUUCCAGUGCUCAGGAUUCCAAAAGUGAUAAAAAUGUCUGUGACCAAACACCACAAACAAUGGCUGUCAAGGUUGAAUUUUCUGCCGGAUCCCCAAAUAAUACGAAGAUGAACACAGACCAGUCAGUAGUCAAAAAGUCAUCCUCUAAACGUAAAAUGUCCACUCCAUACCGCAACACCUCUGACCAAGACUCAUGCUUUAUUUUACCAAAACCUUUGUCAAGUCCCAAGAAGUUCAACCUGGAAGAUGUGGCAGACCUUGAAAAAGACAUUUUCCCAGGUAGGGAUUCUGAAGCCAGUAGUAGCUAUUUUGACAGUGGCAUCAAAAAAGAGAAAAAACACAUAUUUUACACCUAUAGUAGAAGAAUGUCCAUGAGAGGUGCUUUACAGGCAUCUAAAAAACUGUUUGAGAAAAUAAAGACUGAAGAGCAAGAACAGAACGACCCUGAAAUCAAAGAAGAAUCCAUAGAAACAGAGGUAUUUCAAGAAACUUUUGAGUCCCAUCAAAUACCAUUUGGGGAAUCUCCCACAGACGAUUUGUUAGAGUUGGAUUCAGACCAGAAAAACUGUCCGUACUGUCCUGCCAUUUUUGAGUCUGGUGUUGGACUGUCCAAUCAUGUGCGAGGACAUCUUCAUAGAGUUGGACUGAGCUAUGAGGAACGCCAUGCUGUGCCUCCAGAACAGGUGGCUGACCAAGAUAGGCAGCCACGUAUUCGACGGAGGUUUUUAGCUAUUCGUCGAUUGAAAAAAGCACUACAACUAGAUUCGGACUCUGAGCCUGUGACAAGCAUUCACUCAUGUCCACUUUGUGGGGACUCAUUUGAUAACAGAACUGGGCAGUCCAACCACAUACGAGGCCAUCUGAAAAAGCUAGGAAGAAGUUUUUCUGAGAAGAGCAAGUCCCCAAUAAUUUUACUUCGUGAGCUGAUGCGUGACAAAAAAGAGUUCCAACGAGCCAUUCAGAUCCUGGGAAGAAGACGGAACCAUUUCCGUUAUGGUGCUUCACCAAAGCUGUCAACCGUUAAUCGCUUCACUUCUUCUCAGAUGGGUUUCCCAAAAAAUCAUUCUGUUCCAAACCUUUGUACUGAUACAAAACCACUGAUUCCCACAUUUUUUUUAGCAGCAAGUAAAUCUGAAAAUGAGCAACUGGAUAAGCUGGAUGUUAAAAACUCACUCUCAGGCACAACAGCCUUAAUUGGGAUUCUGAAGAGGAGAAGGUGCCAGGAAGACGCCAGACUCAAAGGAUCCUCUCAAACAUCAAGAAAUGAGUUGACGGUUUCUUCAAACAGUGAGCACAGUUCAGGGUCAAGAGUUGCAUCUUCACUGCCAACUUCAGGAUCAGAAACUGGAGAAUUCAAGAGGAAGAUGUGCAUUCAUUGCAAUGCUACUUUCGAGAGUGGAGUUAGCCUGUCCAAUCAUCUCCGAGCAUAUGCAAAAAGACAAAGGAUGGCGCUACUCGAGGGAACUACGAUUCAGUGUAAAGCAGUGAGGCAACGUUCACGACCUGGCUUAAAGAAGAAGACACUGCCCUUAACCCAAACUCCAGAGGAAAUGUACAGACUCACCUGCAGGUUCUGUGACCUCGUCUUCCAGGGUCCACUGUCAGUCCAGGAGGAUUGGAUUAAACAUUUACAGAGACACAUUAUGAGCACUGGUGUCCCUCACACUGGACUAGGCAUGGUAGAGGUCACCUCAAUGGCCACAAACCCCCCAAUCCUCAAGAAGGAUCAUGACAGCUCUCUGACAGUCGCACAGGCUGCCUCAUGAGGCCAGCGGGGAGCUUUUUUUAGAUUUCACUAGACUGUAUGUGUAUGUACAUUGGAUGUUUGUUCACUUACUUUUGUUCUGUUAGGUCAAUGAAAUACUGACCAAAAGUACAAUUUAGCUCAAUGUUUUGGGCGUUGUGCAUAUUGGAAUGUUUGGACAGUGAAAAGAUUUGAUUAAUUUGGAUAUUGUUACCUCUGUGUUUUUACACGGCCCAUUUUUAUGAAAUUGAGUACUUUUACCUCAGAUGGCUUCAUGGUUUUGGUCGACACUUGGAAGUACCUCCGUUCUGUACCAACUCACCUAAAACACACAACCAUGUCUCCUUUGUACUGUAACAUGAUCCAAUAAAUGCCCAGUCUUGUAUCAGGCCAGAGUCGCACACAGGAAUAAUUUUGGAAAUAAAAUGUCUGCAACUUUUUUUAUGCAUAUAAAAUGUUUUAUAAUAUUUCAGUAAUUGCAUUGUUUCUAAUACAAAAAAAAAAAAAAAGUUGUUUCAGGAAAAACUAAUUAUGCACACCCUGUGCUGAUCUUACCAUUCAUACGUCACCUAUAUUUAAUGUUUAAAUAUACUGUUUUGAAAUAAUUUAAUUUGAAAUGUACUAUAUCACACAGAUAC